AUGUCCUACAACUCUAUCAGACUGCCUCAAGACUUACCCAUUUACUAUAAAAACUUCUUUCCUGCUAAGCCGUUCGUUAAAUGGCUCCGAUAUGGCCUCAGUUAUGGAGACUAUUUCAAUCGACGUGAAUUUGCUUUUAUUCUCGCCGAUGACGUUCAUAUCAGAUAUCGCAGUUAUCACGACGAACUCUCAUUUUUUAAAGCAUUGACAAGCACUAACCCGGAGAAGCUUGAUAUCGGAGCUGUAUACAAUCACGAACCGAUCAACAAUAAAAGACAUACAGAUUAUCAGGCUGUUGAGAGAGAACUUGUUUUUGAUAUCGAUUUAACUGAUUACGAUCCAAUCCGUAAUUGUUGCAAGAAUGCUACAGUCUGUCAAAAAUGCUGGAAAUUUAUGGUUCUCGCUGUGAAGAUUUUAGAUUUUCAACUUGAUGACAUGUUCGGUUUUAAAGCCCGUAUGUGGGUUUUCUCCGGAAGAAGAGGAGUCCAUUGUUGGGUGGGAGACAAGAAAGCGCGCAUGCUCAAUAACACACAAAGGUCUGCGAUUGCAACAAGAUUGAAUUUGUUCAAGAAAAAUGGACAUUGUGAAGUAACAGAGGGUCGCGCCAAAAUGACGAGAGUUCCUCCAAUUGUUCGUGAUGCUUUCAAUGUUGCAAUGAAAGAUGGAAUAUUCGAGAAGAUGGUUUUGGAACAAGGAUGGUUGGAAAAUAGUGAUUUCCUGGACUAUCCCUAUCUAUCCGAAGGCUUUCGAAAACAAAUGCUCGAUCUUCUAGAAACGUUCAAAACACCGGAAGAACGAUGGCAUAUGCUUCGUUCAGUGUUCGAUGAAGGCUAUCGCCGGAAUCUAACAUCGAAUGACGGCCUCCAAGAUGUUAUGCCGGUGAUGAGAGAUCGCAACUUCCUGCUGUAUUUCGUACUCCAAAGAUGUUAUCCGCGUCUUGAUGUAAAUGUAUCCACAGGAACUAAUCACUUGCUCAAAUCUCCGUUCUGUAUCCAUCCCAAAACUGGAAAUGUCGCUGUUCCAUUGAAUGUGGAAAAAAUUGAUGUAUUCGAUGUCAACAGUUGUCCCCGGAUUGAUCGAGUUGUCGAAGAACUGAGCAGUCUUCUGGCUGAACGAGAAGCAGACGAAAAUGAAGAUUCGAAGAAUCGCAAGUUCCUGCCAUACAAGCAUGGAGCACUGGCUCCAUAUGUUGAAAACUUUGAGAAGUUCGUUUAUCUGGCAUGUAUCUCAUAA